AUGUCGGCCACAGAAUCCCCGUCCUCUCCGGGUCCCGAGACGAGAGACGCCCCCCAUAUCCAUGAAUCCACUGAGACGCCGGCCGCUCCAACUGAUAUCCUACUCCAAACACAGGACGAUCUUGCGAAAUCAGACAGCAGUCAAACAGUCCAAAUGAGUGCACAAAAGACAACAGAGCCGGCACACAUGGCGGCUGCUCUCUCCGAUCCCGCUGCGAUGGACUUGACGACAACUGCCCAACCAUCACAAGUUGAGCAGCAACAACUUGCGGGGCAAAUGGAAGGACUGUCAGUCUCAGGGAAAACAACACCUAAUCUGUCAUCUAGCACAAGUACUCCUCCGCCCCCUCCGCCCCAGAAGGACGAUGCCUACCUCAACCUCAACGCAAGCUCCACGACCACUCCGCCAACACUACCCCCCAUCAAUACAAACCAGGCCUCCAGCCCCGAAAAAGAGCUCCCAGAUGUGCCUAGUGAUAGUGGCCCGGACGCUAAACGAGGUGCCCAGGUUGAAGGGUCUCGGGAUGAGAAUGCCUCUCAGCCGGAGAUUCAAAGUAUUAUGGGACAAUUCCAGGACCCCGCGCGGAGCACCGACCAAAAAGAGAUCAUGUCUCCACGGCUCGAGCUUGCUGAGCAAUUUCGAGGUGGUCCAACAUAUUUCCCGCCACGCAAAUCUAGUUUGGACCAUGCGCCUUCCAUCGAGCCUGCGGAUUCUGCGGUCGCUGCAUCCCCGGGGAAGCAGCCUGUAUCCCAACAUCCCCACAAGCCCGAGUCGCCAGUGUCAAACCGGCGAGCGUCCACCUCGACCGUCCCACCAAUGCCGGAACCAGAAUCUGACCAACCAUUUGAUUUCCACCGUUUCCUAGAACAGCUGCGUCACCGCACCGCCGACCCCGUAGCAAAGUUUUUGCGGUCGUUCCUUAUGGAGUUUGGCAAGAAGCAAUGGAUGGUCCAUGAACAAGUCAAGAUCAUCAGUGAUUUCUUGACGUUUAUCACAAAUAAGAUGGCCAUGUGCGAGAUCUGGCGAGAUGUAUCGGAUAGCGAAUUCGAUAAUGCCAAGGAGGGCAUGGAGAAACUUGUUAUGAAUCGCCUGUAUUCGCAGACCUUCUCCCCAGCCAUUCCAGCUCCGCCCACAAUACCUAGAAGUGCCAGUCGGAGCCGACGGAGAGAGCUAGAGAGGCUCCAUGGGCCGUGUCGACGUGGCCAACAUCAGGAGGAUAUUGAGCGAGACGAUAUACUGGCCCAGAAGAUUCGCAUAUACGGCUGGGUCAAUGAAACGCACCUGGACAUCCCAACUGUGAGCGGCGGUGGACGUCGUUUCUUAAAUCUGGCACAGCAAGAAAUAUCAAAAAUCAAUGGCUACCGGGCUCCCCGAGAUAAGGUCAUUUGCAUUUUGAACUGUUGCAAAGUCAUCUUUGGUUUAUUAAAGAAUUCCAAAAAGGGCGACACAUCCGCCGACUCAUUUAUUCCCCUCCUGAUCUAUGUGGUUUUGCAUGCAAACCCUGAUCAUCUCGUUUCUAACAUUCAAUACAUUCUUCGAUUCCGCAACCAGGACAAACUUGGUGGCGAAGCAGGGUAUUACAUCUCAUCGUUGUCUGGAGCCAUCCAAUUCAUCGAGAGCCUCGACCGCACAAGUUUAACCGUCAGCGACGAGGAAUUCGAACGCAACGUCGAAGCCGCCGUGUCCGCCAUUGCAGAACAGAACCGCGAAUCUGAAAGCUUCGAAGAAAAACCCUCCACUCAACCCCCUCCAUCCCAGACCCAGGCCGGACCAAGCCGCAAAGAAACCACCCAAUCCAGUGACGACGAGAGCUCUGCCCCAGUCGCGGGACUAUUACGCACAAUCCAAAAACCCCUCUCCACCAUCGGCCGCAUGUUCUCCGACGACCCAGACCCAGGUUCUACCGCUUCUCAAGAACGCCCCCAACCUAUCCCGACGCCCCAAUUCGGUGUUGCCCCGCCCCGUCUCACCCCGAACGUCUACCAGCCUCCUCGCGCAAGUAGCGAGGAUGGCCGGCGGUCAGGCGAUGAGCGCGUCCACCCUACCCACGGUAGCAGAACCUCCGCGAAGAAGAAUCUAACCCGUGUACUCGACGCCCAGGACGCCGCUGCGCGCCAGGCUAGCGCUGAGGAUGCGGAAGCGCGCCGCAUCCAACGCGCUGAACACAAUAAUGUUGUCGAGACACUUUCGAACAUGUUUCCCAACCUAGAUCGUGAACUAAUUGAUGACGUCGUCAAUAUGAAAGAGGGGAGGGUUGGUCUAGCCGUUGAUGCUUGUCUUGCUCUCAGUGCAGAGUAG